AUGUCUUCUUCCUCUUCAUUAUCAGCUGAUCAAAGGCAAGCGUUGGACACGCAAGCUGUCAACAAUUUUCGUGAAUAUCUACAAAUUCCGUCGGUUCAUCCUGAUGUGAAUUAUGAUGAUUGUGUCAAAUUCCUGGAAAAGCAAGCAAAAAGUUUGUCUCUUCCUUUCACGGUUGUGUAUAUCACACCCAAAAAACCAGUUGUGGUAUUAACAUGGACUGGCAAGGAGCCCUCUUUACCAACCAUAUUACUUAACAGUCAUAUGGAUGUAGUACCUGUUUUCGAAGAUAAAUGGACUCAUAAGCCUUUUAGUGCCCAUGUAGAUGAAAAGGGGAAUAUUUAUGCUAGGGGGGCACAGGACAUGAAGUGUGUUGGGAUUCAAUAUUUAGAAGCAAUCAGAAGACUGAAACAACAGGGUGUUACUUUAAAGAGGACAAUACAUGUCACAUUUGUACCAGAUGAAGAAACUGGUGGGGUAGAAGGAAUGCAACAGUUUGUCAAUACAAACCAUUUUAAAGAUAUGAAUGUUGGAUUUUCUUUAGAUGAGGGUAUGGCCAGUGAAAACAAUGAAUAUGCCUUAUUCUAUGCUGAAAGAUCCAUAUGUCAAAUGCGUUUUUACUGUACUGGCAAUCCUGGCCAUGGUUCUUUAUUGCUUAAAAGUACUGCAGGAGAAAAAGUUGCUUACAUCUUGAGCAAAAUUUAUGAAUUUAGGAGGCAAGAAGAGAAAAAAUUGAUUGAUAAUCCUAGUUGGACUGUUGGAGAUGUAACUACUGUAAAUUUAACACAAUUGAAGGGAGGCGUCCAGGAGAAUGUGGUGCCCCCCGAGUUCGUGUUGACCGUCGAUUGUCGCGUCGCCAUCAACGUCGACCUGGUCAAGUGGGAAGCCACAUUGAAGGGGUGGUGUAAGGAAGCCGGCCCUGGGGUGAGGCUGGAAUUCAUCCAGAAACAGGACCAGAUUGCUCCUACUAAACUGGAUGGGUCCAAUCGGUAUUGGGUGGCGUUUAAAAAAGCUGCCGACGAGCUCGGCCUCGCUUUAAAACCCCAAGUGUUCCCGGCGGCCACUGACAGCCGCUACAUCCGCGGCCUAGGGCUCCCCGCCAUCGGAUUCUCCCCAAUGAACAACACCCCCGUGCUAUUGCACGAUCACGACGAGUAUCUGAAUAAAACCACGUUUUUGAGGGGCGUCGACCACUAUUGCGCGAUUCUGGGCAAAGUCGCUAACGUGGAAGAAAUGUCCGGUUGA